GAUGGGGUGCUAGUGAUGAAGCGUGAAGAUGAGGGGCUGGACUUGACUGAGGAGGAGGAAGAGGAGGAAGAGGAGGAGGAGGAGGCUGGUGGUGGUCAUGCCUGUCUCCUCUGCUCCUUUGUACACACCAGAGAACACGUUGCUCUGACUCACGCGCACUCACUCACUCACCCAGGACUCCUCGUGGCUGAGCCCGGCCGGCAGCACGCGACACACCGGACCCGCACGGAGGAAGCACCGACCGGAGGAAGAGCUCCGGGGCAGCGGGACGAGCAGCGAGGAAGAAGCGGCAGGAAAGCAACGAUGUCGGGGCUGAAAAAGAGAAACUCGAACUCCCCGGUGGACCGGGAGGAGGACAAGCACGUCACCCAGAGGAUGCUGUCCCCGGGCGAGGAGAAGGGGGACCCCGGGCCGGGGCUCGACGACAAGGUGGCCGGGGAGGCUGCGGGCGGGGAGGGAUCGGAGGACGGGGUCGGCCUGAAGAGGACCAUCACCCUGGUGAACGGCGUGGCCAUCAUCGUGGGUACCAUCAUCGGCUCCGGCAUCUUCGUGACCCCCACCGGCGUGGUGCGGGAGGCCGGCUCCGUGGGGCUGUCCCUGAUCGUGUGGUCGGUGUGCGGGGUCUUCUCCACGGUGGGCGCCCUGUGCUACGCGGAGCUGGGGACCACCAUCUCCAAGUCCGGGGGGGACUACGCCUACAUCCUGGAGGUGUACGGCUCGCUGCCCGCCUUCCUCAAGCUGUGGAUCGAGCUGCUCAUCAUCCGCCCGUCCUCCCAGUACAUCGUCGCCUACGUGUUCGCGACCUACCUCCUGAAGCCCGUGUUCCCCGAGUGCCCGGUGCCGGAGAACGGGGCCAAGCUGGUGGCCUGCCUCUGCAUCCUCCUGUUGACCUUUGUGAACUGCUACAGCGUGAAGGCGGCCACCAGAGUGCAGGACUUCUUCGCCGCAGCCAAACUUCUGGCGCUCGGACUCAUCAUCAUCAUCGGCUUCGUGAGGAUCGGCCAAGGGGACACGGACGGACUUCUUCCAGAAAAUUCGUUCGAAGGGUCCAAAUAUGAGUUUGGAAGCCUCGGCCUGGCUCUGUACAGCGGCCUGUUUGCCUACGGUGGCUGGAACUACUUGAAUUUUGUCACUGAGGAGAUGAUCGACCCUUACAGGAACCUCCCUCGAGCCAUCAUCAUCUCUCUGCCCAUCGUGACCGUCGUGUACGUGCUGACCAACCUGGCGUAUUUCACCACGCUCUCCCCGGAUCAGAUGCUGAACUCGGAGGCCGUGGCUGUGGAUUUUGGAAACUACUACCUGGGUCCAAUGUCCUGGAUCAUCCCCGUGUUCGUAGGUCUGUCCUGCUUUGGAUCGGUCAACGGCUCCUUGUUCACAUCGUCCAGGUUGUUCUACGUGGGCUCUCGGGAGGGUCACCUGCCCAGUCUGCUGUCGAUGAUCCACCCGACCCUGCUGACCCCACUGCCCUCACUUCUGUUCACUUGUUUGAUGACGCUGCUCUACGCCUUCUCCAACGACAUCUUCUCCGUCAUAAACUUCUUCAGCUUCUUCAACUGGCUCUGCAUCGCCAUGGCAAUCGUCGGGAUGAUGUGGCUGCGUUACAAGAAGCCCGAGCUGGAGCGACCCAUCAAGGUGAACAUUCUGCUGCCGGUGAGUUUCGUGCUGGCCUGCCUCUUCCUCAUCGUCGUCUCCUUCUGGAAAACUCCAAAGGAGUGCGCCAUCGGCUUCGGCAUCAUCGCCACCGGCGUGCCCGUCUACAUGCUGGGCGUGUGGUGGAAGACCAAACCCAAGUGGCUGCUGCGUGGAAUCUAUUCGACGACGGCCUUUUGUCAGAAGGUGAUGGAGGUCGUGCCUCAGCACUAGUGGAAGACCCCGCCUUUAACUUCAGCCAGUGGCCUAUCAGAUCCAACGGACAGUGAUCUCCACUGACCCCCUUCACACACACACACACACACACACACACACACACACACACACACACACACCCUGUCUGCAGGGUGCUGAUAAGGACCUAAUGAAGACGGACACGUGCAGAUUUCUGUGGCCACCACGUUUUUGCGGCCUUCGACUAAUUUUCUUCUGUCUAUUUUGUUGCUGACAUUUUUGGGAUUUGUUUGUUCAUCACCGACUAUUUUUAGUCACUAACUUUCCUUCGUAGGCUCUUGUGCAUCGUUACUGUGCAUUUCAAUGUAUUUGUUUUAUUUUAAUGUCUGUUUUUUGUGCAUAAGUUUCUGUAGAAUAUCCUCCUACUCGGGGAAACCUGUGGUAUUUAGCAAGUUGUGCCUUAAGUGGCACCUGACGACCUGUUUUUAGUUUCUGGUGAAAACAGGUGUAAAGAGCUCAAGUGUGGAACCUUCACAACGGGGCAGUUUUUAGAAAUACUGAUGGCAACAGCCUAGUUGUUGCUUAGCAAGACGAAGCUUCUCCUCUCUAAGGUUUUUAUUCCAGUUCUGUAGCACGUUUCAGAGUCUUGUGUCUUUUACGUGUUGUUUUGUCAUCAAACUGAUCUCGGUUCAGACAGUUUUUAAAAGUGUCUGCGCUGCUGCGGGAAACAACCGAAGCUGAAGGAAGAUCUUAAGUAGUUUUUUAAAAUUUUUCAUGGUGACCACACUGUUGAUAAAUGUUGUCCCGUCACAAAUCUGCAGUUAGAAAGAUCAACUCCCAGUCAACUGUGGUUGGUUCAUCGAUUCUACACACAAGGUUUCUUUUUUUUUUCGGGAGGAGGUUUAGACCUUUGUCAAGUCUGGGGGAAAUAGCCCUGAUGAUGUCAUAGUGAUGUCAUUAGAAACUGCCCAUGUGUGAAUUUACUCAGAGAAUGAAAAGGAAGAGGUUCCUAGAUUCAUAUGAUGGUAAACACGUGCUUACUAUGUGCAGCCUACUGAUGUCACCUCACAGGAUUUCUGGGUAUUGAAGUUGUCACACGUCUGUGGGGAGAUUUUUGUUUUUGUUUUGACCGUCACUGCAAAGUGGGUCAAACUGCUGUUGACCUUAUUUUUUGGGUCAGUGAUGUCAUUGUCACUGUCGGGAUCAAUAACUCUGAGCUCCGUUAACACUCCACAACGCUGGACACACACUGUAACACAACCGUGGACCAGAAACGCACAGUCAGCUCAGAGCAGGGUGAUAUGAAGAAGCCAGAGACUCUGAGUAAAGAUGGACGACGCGUCUCCACUCGUACCUCAGACACGGCUGCAGCCACUUUGAGAUUCUGACCUUAGUUGGAGCCAGAGUCUGUUCGUUAGGGAUCGAGGAGCUUUGGGUUCAAGAUCCUGCCGAUACAAGUCAAACGUGAUAUUCCCCCCCAGAAAGAACCCGUCUUUGAGAAAGUUCCGCUUGGUCCAUGUCCCACCUGCUCACAUGGAGGAGGUAGGGCUUACGACCAAUACUGCAGUCAGCCACCAGGGGGGCGAUCAAUCAAUACUAUUUGGCUUCACUUUCGGUCUCGUCGUCCAUCUUUAUUCUCAGUCUGUGGAAGAAAGCUGACACUCUGGUUUUCAUGUUGUUGUGUUUUCUACAUUGGACGAUGCAGUUUCUUGUUUUCAUGUUUGUCGGACGCGCACAGAUAAACCGCAACUUCUGAAUUAGCAGGCAGUUGUUAAAUUUACACGUUUUAUGUUUCACUGUUCCACACUUACAUUUUCUGUCACACGCACAUUUCAGUGUGUGUCUGUCUGUGUGUGUGUGGGGUUAUUGUGGGUGGGGGUGAAGGGUCGCAGAGAUUCAAAUAAUCAGAGAGGCAACCACAGGCUUCGGUCCAUGGAGAGGGAACAGGAAGGAGAUUUGUUGUUUUGUUUUUGGGGGGGGGGUGAAUACAGAAGGAAAAAUAUUUUUCCGAUCACGAUGAACUGUUUUUUUUUUUUGUUGUUUUCAUCCUUUUCGGUUGUCUCAGCUGCAGAAAACCCAGUUAGUGCUGUAUUAUUAACGUUGACUCUCCUCCUGCAAACGGACCAAACGUGCACGACUGUGGCUGACGUCAUUUCCGUAGAGACACUGUGACCCCGCCCGCCCUGCGUGGAGGCGGGUGGGGUGUUGCCAUGGAGACGGGAUGCAGGAGGGGUUCAUGUGUUUGUUUUAGAUCCUUUCUAACACUCCAGCCGUCGCACGGAGCCGAUGUGGAAACUAACCUCAAUAGGACUGUAGAAAGUUUAUUUAUUUAUUUCUAGGAAACCUUAUUGUUUACUGUUUAGUCCCUCUAAUAUGUUUACAGGGCAUUUUGUGGAAAGUGCUUUUCAAAUAAAUCUGGAGGUUUUUUUUCCA